AUGGAGGCUGCACGGUUUCUUUCACCUGUUGUGACAUUUGAAACCGCUUUCCGCUCUGUUAUGGAAGCACUUGUUCUGGAGAAUGCCAUUAUAUCAGAAAGGUUACUUAUUGGGAUCGCCUAUUUGCAUGCUUUUAUUUCUGGGACUUGUUGGGUGGUGGAUAGUUUUCCUUUCAAGUCACUUAGAAAAGAAAAGAAAGCAGAAGGUGAAAGUGUGGAUGACAAUCGCAUUAAUGAUGAUGCCGGUCGCAAUCAUCCAGAUGCUAAUGGUGAAAAUGGCGGCACAUUUGGUGGAGAGUGGCAUGAUACUGAUGGAGGAGAUGAUAAUGGAACUCAUGAAGAUGGUGCUAGUGACCAGGAUGGAGAAGAUGACGAUGAGUCUUAUGAAGAUGAUACUAGUGAUGAAGAUGGAGAAGAGGACAAUGGAGAAAAUGAUGGUGAUGAUAGCUAUGGCGAGGACGAGGACUAUGAUGACAAGGAAGUUGAUGAAGAAUCUGAAGAUGACGACGAGGAGAAUGGUACUGUCUCAGAUGCUGAAGAUGAAAUGGAUGAUGAUCCCUUACUGAGUCAUGCACGGGAAGUUUUUGCUCCAGAUAGUUUUUCCUGGUUUAGUCACGAAUAUGAGAAGUCUAGGCCCAUCUACCCUGAGGCUUACGGUGAGACAGGAUUAGAAUUCAAGUAUACGAUUGAGAAGAUGGGAUGUUAUCAAAACCAUUCUCACAAAGUACAUUCAGAACCUUUUUACGGUGUAGUUACCUGUUGCUGCAAUCACUUUGCUGUCACUGGCAUGCUGUGCAGUCACGCUUUAGUAGUUCUCGAGUGCUUUCAUAUCAAGCAAAUCCCCGAUAAAUAUAUACCAAAGUGGAGACUGAAAAGUUGGCAUCAGAGUUCAACUGAAGAACAAUUCUCUAAGAGAAGGCAACUUCGGCCAUCUCUUGAUGACUGUUUGAGCGGUGAACUAGGUAGAAGGACAAAUGCAUCUGAAGAAGCUGGUACCUCACCUUACUGGCACCAAACUGAGGCUAACAAAAUGUGCUCAAAAGGGAAUCAUUUUGGAUUACCUAUUCUGAGGCAUGCUAAAGAGAUUUUCACUUCUGGGGUUUAUUCCUUGUUCCGAGACGAGUACAGGAAGUCUGAAUAUCUCAUCACGACCGUAGAGUUUGGAGGAGUCGAUAGGAGAGGACUUGUAUACGAAUUUCAAGUUCACAGACACCGACGUGUUGACAUCCAAAAGCAGUACAUGGUUCCAAAGCUAUUGAAAGUCCCGAAUUUGGCUUCCCAGCAGAGUAUUCAUGGCCCAAAGUAUCGCAGAAUGUUAGAACUCGCCUGUUACAGGAUAAUGAGCACCGAAAGCACUACAUUGUUGACAACUGCCUUCUUCGGACCGAAAAAGGAUAGCAUUGCGCAAUGUGCUCUUGCUGUUCUGACAAUAGAAAACGAGCUGAGAGAUUUGCCGCCAGUGGAAGCUAAUAAGGGGAAUCAAGCAAGUAGAGGGAUAUUCAACUUCAGAGGAAAAUGCAAGUUCUGGGAUGAUCAGCUCAUCAAGAAUUUCAGUUGCAAAGAGUCAGAAACUCUGAGAGGAAAUCUGUUUCGGUGCUUGAAAUGGUGA